GCGGAAGCUACACGAGAAUCACAUGAUAAGCAUUUUCUAACUGAUAAACUAGUUACGUGGGGACUGUUACUUCUUACCUGUCCCCGUACACCAGGGAAGACUGAACUAUGUGACUGGAUCGCAUUUAAUUUGACCAUUAUAAAAAGCUGUUAUACAGAUAACUUCUAAAGAGCUAGCUAAUUUCACAUCUUGUACGUCGUGAAAGGAUACAUUGAGGGAGAUGUUCGGGUCGUGUGAUAUAACGCUUUAGAGACUAUGAAUACCCCGUUUGUUUUCACUGCUGUUCUUAGUCUGGCUUGUUUUGUUAUUAAUACAGAUAUGGCAUCCGGAGCCCCAAGUUUCUCUAUAGACUACAAGAACAACUGCUUCCUGAAGGAUGGUGCACCAUUCCAAUAUGUCUCUGGCAGCAUACACUACUCCCGUAUUCCACGGGUCUACUGGAAGGACCGCCUGCUGAAGAUGUACAUGACUGGACUGAACGCCAUUCAAAUUUAUGUGCCCUGGAACUACCACGAGACUGUGCAAGGCGUGUACAAAUUCACUGGAGAUCAAGACCUUGAACACUUCCUUGACCUGGCUAAUGAGACAGGCCUUUUGGUCAUCCUUCGGCCAGGACCCUACAUCUGUGCAGAAUGGGAGAUGGGUGGAUUACCUGCCUGGCUGCUUCAGAAGCCUAAUAUCAUUCUUCGCUCUGCUGAUCCAGAUUACCUGCAAGCAGUGAGCAACUGGCUGGCCGUGUUGUUGCCCAAGAUCAGGCCACGGCUCUACAAUAAUGGGGGGAACAUCAUCAGUGUGCAGGUGGAGAACGAGUAUGGAAGCUAUUUCGCCUGUGACUACAACUACAUGCGGCACUUGCGCACGCUCUUCCGCUACUUCCUGGGAGAGGACGUAGUUCUCUUCACCACCGACGGGAACACGGACCGGGAGAUGAUCUGCGGGAGCCUGCAGGGCCUGUACGCCACCAUAGACUUUGGGACAGACACUAACAUCAGCACAGCUUUCAAUCGUCAACGGAGAUUUGAACCAAGAGGUCCUCUGGUGAACUCAGAGUUCUACACGGGCUGGCUGGAUCACUGGGGAGACGAGCACGCCCAGGUGGACACUGAGAAAGUCUGCAAGAUGCUGGGAGAUAUGCUGUCCAUGGGUGCCAGUGUGAAUAUGUACAUGUUUGAAGGAGGAACAAACUUUGGCUAUUGGAACGGAGCUGACCAUGACACAAGGUUCCGUUCAGUGGUGACCAGUUACGACUACAAUGCCCCUCUGUCGGAGGCAGGAGACCCCACAGAAAAGCUGCUGGCCAUCAGAGAUGUUAUAAAGAGAUUCUACACGGUUCCUGAAGGCCCUAUGCCCCCCGCCACCCCUAAGUUUGGCUAUGGAUUUGUCACUCUACAAAAGGUUUCCAAUGUGAGCAGCCUGCUGGACAGGCUGUCACCCCAGGGCCCUGUCCAAUCACAGCAUCCCCUGACCUUUGAGGAGAUAAAACAGUAUUAUGGGUUCAUACAUUAUCGGACCAAACUGCCCAGGACUCUCACAGAGCCGACACCCCUCCUCUCUCCACUGAACGGCGUCCAUGACCGCGCAUACGUCUCUGUCAACGGGGAGUACCAGGGUCUGCUGGAGAGGGACAUCACCCUGGCGAUGAAGGUGACGGGACAGGCCGGGGACCAGCUGGACAUUCUGGUGGAGAACAUGGGGAGGGUCAACUUUGGCACGAAGAUCAAUGACCACAAGGGCUUGGUGAGUGACCUCAUUCUGGGCGAAGACGUCCUUACUGAUUGGCUGAUCUACUCCCUGGACAUUGAUGGGGCCAUAGCCAAUGGGUGGCCUCACUCAGGCCUUGAAAAUGCCAUUCCCAGCACUGCCAGCUCAGAUGGACCCAUGUUCUAUAUGGGAACACUGGAUCCCACUGGCUUUGCUUGGGAUACCUUCCUGAAGCUACACGGAUGGACUAAGGGCCAGGUGUGGAUUAAUGGUGUGAACCUGGGCAGGUACUGGCCACAGAAAGGCCCCCAGCAGACUCUGUACGUCCCGGGGCCCGUGCUUAGCUCCUCCCAGCCCAACAACAUCACGGUGCUGGAGCUGGAGAAAGCGCCGCACGAGCCCAGGGUUCUCUUCAUGGACCGGGCACAGCUGAGCAACGCCACGGAGAAGCCCUGAGCCGGGGGCACCGCGGCGGAGCGCCUGCCAGUCAGGACCUGCUUCAUUCCUGUCAGCCCGUCCCUCGAGGCCCUGUACUGCCGAGAGUCCAAACUGUAUUCCCAUCCUCAGCCAGUCAACCAGAACAUGCUUCAGCAUGUACCUUUCACCAACUGAAAAAUCCAAUUCGUCAUUUCACCACCCAAUCAGUGGCCACGUUUCCCUUAAAAGGAUAGUUCACCUUCUGGAGUUUUUGAUAUUCUUUUACUUUUAGUGCUUAAGUUUUCCAUUGGUCCAGACAAUCUUUCUGUGUGAUGGAUAUUUUAGAUACAGACCUUACAAGUUACUGCUCCACUAUAGGGACAUUGGUGGGGUUUACGGUUGAAAGCAAGAAAAUGCAUUUAAACUGUUUGUACAGUGACAUUACACCUCUGGAGGUUGUACAUGUGUAUAUUACUUUUGUUCCUAUCUUCAUUUGAAACUGUCUCUGAUGAAGCAUGCAGCCAUAGACCGUGACGCUCAAGGAAAGGCGUGGCCCGGCUUCCUGUAUCAACGGUACUACCCGCGAGAGAAGCCCCUCAAAGCAACAGCAAAUGAACAGAACCGAAAAGGGUUAUUGCUAGUGCAAUUCCAACUUACGGGGCAAAACUGACAAAAACAUUGAGUCACUUUCACCAGCUAUCUUAAGACAACCCAGAUUUAUUGAAAUUGGGGCUCGAUGUCCUCUGGAUGUCUGCAUGCCGGUUCAGCUGUCCUCUUUGACCUCUCAGCCUGUCAGUUGAAACUCCUCAUCCGUAAAUUCAGGCGCAAAUAACUUUCAGAAAUGUAACUGAAACUAUCUUCCGUUUCAUAUUCUGAGAAUAGUAGCUUCGGUUUCUAUUUGUAAGAAGCUUUGCUAAUGUCAGGCAUGCAAGAACAAAGGCAAGAGCAUACACAGCUUACAAACUGAGAAAUACUGACACGAAAUAGAAACAUUUUUAUGUUUACACUUGUGAAUAAAUGCUAUAAAAAGUAUGUGUUCGUAUGUAGAGCCUUUGGAAACAAUGUCACUGCACAAGCUGUUCUGGAGUUACUUUUGAGUUACAUUGUCAAUGCCCCUAUGAUUAGACACAGAAAUUUCUGCGUCUAAAAUAUCCUUUAACACACACAAAAACCUUUGGGCCAAUCAAAAACAUACACUAGAACUAUAACAACUUUUUUACUGACUGAUGAUUUAUUCAUUUCUUUUUUUAUGAAAAGUGGUGUCAUGAUUUGCUCAAGCUUCACACAGUGUAUUCAGUCAUGACAAUUACUUGGUCAUAAUUUUUUUUUUUUUUUUUUACAUAACCAAGGACCAGGGUACUUAACAUUGCAUAUUAAAACUGUCCAUUUCCUUGCAGUACAUUUUUAUUGCUAACUUGGCUGAAAUAACUUGAAUGUUUUAUAUGCACAGUGCUCAUUUCCAUUAAGUCCCACAAUAUUGGAAAUCAGCAGUCUAAAGGUGCAUAAAUUCAGACCAAUGGAAAUGUUGUGAUGUCACUCUACCGUAUGCAAUAGUACCAUAAUAUCCUGCUUCCGUUUAAGCAAUGGGAAUCUGUCUCUCACUAUCUCCACUGCAACAGUUCCUGCGCUAUGAUGUACAGUUCCAGCUUUCAAACGUUUCAGUGUGAAAGAGGUGAAGGAAGGACGUCUGGUUUUCAGUUGAUAGCUUAGGAAAAGAAAAGCCUCCACUCAUAGGACCUGUGUUGAGAUGUGAUCAAAUAAAGCCAGAGAGUUGGUGUGGUUCAGAGGUUUGCUGCCCAAGCAAAUGCAGAAUUUGUUCAUAUUGUAACUUUUCAUGCCUUACAUUAAAAUGCACUAUACCGAA